AUGCCACUUGUUGAGAGAAAUGCCCCGAUCCAUCGGAAAGUUGGAAUCAUUGGCGAGCUACAUUUGAAAUCUACGGCAUUUGAAGAAUUGCCCGAAUUUAUCGGUUCUUUAAAGAAUCUCAAGACUCUUGAUGCCUCUUAUUGUGCAUCAUUAGCCCGUAUACCAAGCUCCAUAUGCCAUCUAGCAUCUCUGUCUGUCCUUGACCUAGGGGGCUGUGAUAAACUUGCUCAACUUCCGGACACAAUAGGCUCCCUCACAUCGCUGCAGAGCUUGUUAUUAUCGGAAUGCCACUUGUUGAGAGAAAUGCCAGACUCCAUCGGAAAGUUGGAAUCAUUGACCGAGCUGCAUUUAAAAUAUACAGAAUUUGAUGAAUUGCCCGAAUUUAUCGGUUCUUUAAAGAAGCUCAAGACUCUUGAUGCCUCUUAUUGUGCAUCAUUAGCCCGCAUACCAAGCUCCAUAUGCCAUCUCGCAUCUCUGUCUUGCCUUUACCUAAGGGGGUGCGGUAAACUUGCUAAACUUCCCGACAACAUAGGCUCCCUCACAUCACUGGAGCACUUGUUCUUACAGGAUUGCCACACGUUGAGAGAAAUGCCAGACUCCAUCGGAAAGUUGGAAUCAUUGAUCGGGCUAGGCUUAAAAUCUACAGCAUUUGAAGAAUUGCCUGAAUUUAUUGGUUCUUUAAAGAAGCUCAAGUUUCUUGAAGCCUCUUAUUGUGCAUCAUUAGCCCGCAUACCAAGCUCCAUAAGCCAUCUAUCAUCUCUGGAUCUCCUUAACGUAAGCGGGUGCGAUAAACUUGCUCAACUUCCGGACACAAUAGGCUCUCUCACAUCGAUGCAGACAUUGUUAUUAUCGCAAUGCCACUCGUUGAGAGAAAUGCCAGCCUCCAUCGGAAAGUUGGAAUCAUUGACCGAGCUGCAUUUAAAAUCUACAGAAUUUGAUGAAUUGCCCGAAUUUAUCGGUUCUUUAAAGAAGCUCAAGACUCUUGAUGCCUCUUAUUGUGCAUCAUUAGCCCGCAUACCAAGCUCCAUAGGACAUCUAGCAUCUCUGUCUCUCCUUGACCUAAGAGGCUGCGAUAAACUUGCUCAACUUCACGACACAAUAGGCUCCCUCACAUCGCUGCGAAGUUGUUAUUAUCGGAAUGCCACUUGUUGA